AUGGACAUGGACGAAGAUGACGAGGAGCUUAGUGAUCGUGAUGCUUCCGGAGAGGAGAUUGACGACGAAAUGGAUCAAGAUGCGGAGGGAGAAGAUUAUAACGAGCUUGUGGAUCAACAAAUAGUGGUUAACAAUGGUCACCCCCUCCAGCUGAACGACGAUGAGGACGAUGACGCAGAUGGUGAGGAAGAUGGCGACGAAGGGGUUGGCGCGGUUAAGAUCAAACCAGGCGAUACCGACGACGAAGACGAGGAGGAUGAAGAUGCCGAAGAUGACGCAGAGAGCGACGUUUCAGAACUUCUUAGUAAUGCUGAAGAUGAUUCGGACGAAGAGCCUGCGUGGGAAGAUGCUGGAGAGGUAGAAGAGGACGAGGAUUCGGAGAAUGAUGGCCCGUCGAAUACGUGCAUGUUUUGCAAGCAGGACGAGGAAAAUGACCCGAGUGAGGAUUUUGAGACGUUCCUGUCGUGUUCUAGGUGUGGCGAGAAUGCUCACCAGCAAUGCGCAAGAGAUGCAGCAGCAAUGAGCGAACAGAACAACUCAAAGCACUGGAACUGUCCCGAAUGCGACAAUGGCGGCUCUGAUGAGGAGGAAGAGGAACCGGAGGAACUGGAGAAAGAUCCUAGCAUCAAUGGCCAAGCCAGGCCCGAAUCGCAGCUUUCGGACGCUCCUUCUGAGUUGUCUCCUAGACAUCAGAUGCAAGACGGUGCAGAAACCCAAACUACUCUCAACGACCACACAGCCGCCGGGGAUAUCGCGGAUGAGCCUCGCUCACUGAGAAAGAGAAAGACAUCGUCCGUAGAGCCUGAGGAGGCUACUAUUGCUCUGAGGAGACGACGACGCGGCCUUUCGACCGAUGGCGUGUCUGCUAAUGAAGAGACUGAUGCCAAAUCGGCAGAGCCAACUAGGGGAAGCUCACGUGCGGUUCGAUUAAAAGUUACUCGACCGUCUCUAGUCAUCAUUGAAAGGAAAUCGCGAGGAUCACUUGUGGUGACCAUGCGCGUGCGGGCUGGAAAUCUCAAAGAGAUUCUCUCGCGCAGGCGAAGAGAAAGGAGAAGGUCUGGAGCAAACGGACGAGCACCACGCACUCCAGUCGCACCAUCAGCUGUGCGCCCCAACUCUGGUGCUGUUACAGCAACACCCGUACUCCCAACGCCCUUUACAACAGAUUUCUAUUCAACACCCUUCUACUCUUUGUUUGACAAGGAGACUGAAGAUAUGAAAGGAAAGCCCUAUGGUGGUAUCCUGACGGAAGCAGAAGCAGAUACUACAAAAACGCUGCCACAGCCUGACGAUCGGAGGCGCUUCGACCAAGCUAAACAGCGCGCAGAAGACGAAUGGAGAGCUCGCGUACUGGCAAUGCAGGCAGAGAUAGAUAUGCCUAUCCGCAAAUCCAAGAAAUCAAGUGACAACGCCAGCCAAAUCGAGUGUAUCGAAUUUGGUGGCUGGGAAAUUGAUACUUGGUAUGCAGCACCGUACCCAGCGGAGUAUAGUAGAAACCGUGUGCUCUACAUAUGCGAAUUCUGCCUCAAGUACAUGAAUUCCGAUUAUGUGGCAUGGCGCCACAAGCUUAAAUGUGCAGCAAAACACCCCCCGGGAGACGAGAUAUAUCGGCAUGGAUCGAUAUCAGUAUUCGAGGUGGAUGGCCGGAAAAACCCAGUCUACUGCCAAAACUUGUGCCUUUUGGCGAAGCUUUUCUUGGGAUCCAAGACACUGUAUUACGACGUGGAGCCGUUUUUGUUUUACGUCUUGUGUGAGUACGAUGAAUGUGGCUAUCACUUUGUUGGCUAUUUCUCCAAAGAGAAACGCGCGAGCAGCCAAAACAACGUAUCAUGCAUUUUGACGUUGCCGAUUCAUCAGAGAAAGGGAUACGGUAAUCUACUUAUUGAUUUCUCAUAUCUGCUCACCAAGGUAGAGGAGAAAACAGGAUCCCCAGAAAAGCCGCUCUCUGAUAUGGGACUUGUUUCCUACAGGAAUUAUUGGCGCUUGCGCCUUUGCCGAUAUUUCAUGGAAACGCUGAAAGAUGAUGGACACAAGCAAAACGGCCUUAGUAUUAAGCAAAUAUCGGACGACACGGGUAUGACGCCUGACGAUGUUAUUGCAGCUCUGGAAGGCCUUCGAGCGCUGGUCCGUGAUCCGCAGACAAAGGUGUACGCGUUCCGGAUCGAUUUAGAAUACUGCCAGCAGUAUGUAGCCAAGUGGGAGUCAAAAGGCUAUGUGCAGCUCAAGCCCGAAUGUCUUGCAUGGACGCCAUACGUGAUGGGCCGCAGCAACGCUGUGAAUUUUGAGCUUGGCCCACCUAUUAAUACCAUUGCCCCUCGGGAAGAUGAUGAAGCCAAGGUCGAAGAGGGCGGUAACGAUAUUUCUGGAGAGUCUCAUUCUAUCAUCAUGAAUGACGAGGUGAAUGAUGGCUCACAGUCAAUAGCUGGUUCUGUAUCAGAGACGGGCGAUUCAGGCAAUAGCAAUCCCGAAUUCACCCCCAUUUUGUCAAUUGAGGAGAAAGCGGCGCCUGAAGAUAAAGAGAAUACAGAACCGCAGGACGAAAUCAUGGACGAUGCAGAAUCCGAGCCAGACUGGAUGACACCCUAUCGUGAUAUACCACCAAACCGCUUUGAAGUUUUCCCGCCUGUGGCUGGCAGUCGGCGGACUGAUCGCUCACGGCAAAGCGUAAGCAGGCCAUCCGGAUCUCGUACGGGGGGAGGUAGUAGCUCCCGGCCACGACCUAAAAGGGCCGGGGGUAGCAGCCGUAGCAGACCUACUAUCAGCCGGCCUAAGAGCAGCGGGUCAAGAAGAAGAACGGGCGGCACAGGUCGCGGCCCUGGACGGUGGCCUAAGGGAACGAAGAAAUCGGACUACGGCAAUGCAGACAGCGGCCCUGGACUACCCCCUGGCUGGAGAGACAAGCCGCCGGGGACAGAGAUGAUUACCGAUGGCGAUCACAGCGUUGGAACGUCUAUGGUUGACGAAGAGCCUGCCAAAGACGAAGUCAGAGUCAUGACUCCUCAGCCUUCAAGUAAUGGAUUUGUACUAAACGUACAGCUCGGAGGACAAGUAGCUGAGCCUUCUGAUCAAGGCAUCAAUGGAGGAGACGAAGACGGCGAGGAGGAAGAACUGGAUGUUGAUGCCGAAGGCGAGGACGAAUAA